AUGUUACCAGAGCAAGAAUUGUUGAAAAACACUGCAUAUAUGAAGAACGACGUGUAUGAGGCGACCAACGAGUUGUACAUGGACUAUAAAUGCGAACUGAAGAACGUUUUGAGCAAGCUAAAGGCAAUACCCAGCAAUGCUAGUCCCAUGUUGCCAAAUACAUCCACUUCAAAAUCAAGUCACGUGAAGCUUCCAAAGAUCACUAUACCAACAUUUUCGGGAAAAUACGAGGAAUGGACGGGAUUCCGAGAUUUGUUUAUUUCUCUCAUCCACAAAAACAAGGACAUAGACGAUAUUCAGAAGCUUCACUAUCUCAAGGCGCAUUUGUCAGGCGAGGCGGAGCAGCUUCUUAGGCAUAUACCUAUUUCUAGUGAGAGCUAUGUGCAGUGUUGGACCCAGAGACAUCACUCGCUUUUACAUCAAAAAGGGGAUUCACAAGCCAAUGAGGGAAAAGAGACAGCGUCUGGUCAAACUGUGGCACAAGUUCAUACACAGAAUGUGUCAACGAUAGAACCUACACCGGGAACCAGCGUUUCAAAUCACUUCGUGAAUGAAGUAUCACAGCACGGGUUACUGGCUACCGCGGUUGUAAGAGCCAGAGCAUGGGAGAAGGAGGAGAGUCAUCUAAUAAGGGCCCUGAUAGAUCCGGGUUCCGAAGUUUCAUUUGUAUCGUCAGCUACUGUUCAGUUACUUGGGUUAAAGCAAACCCCAGCUAAGGUUUCAGUGACAGGAUUACGAGGGCAGCUGAUUACAGUUUUGAAGUCUAUCGUUCAAAUAACGAUUUCAUCACGAUCUGACACCAACAGUGCCAUCGAGGUUACGGCAUUUGUAGUCGACAAGGUUACAUCUAAUCAACCCUCAACAAAGGUGUCCAUUACAUCCUGGCCUGAGUUACAAACCGUUGAGCUAGCAGACCCUGAAUAUCACACGCCAAAUAAAAUAGACAUGUUGUUAGGAGCAAAGGUCUAUGCACGGAUCAUCCAACCAGGUUUAUUCAAAUCUCCCCAAGAGACUACAGUGGCACAAAAGACGUCAUUGGGGUGGAUUUUAUGUGGAGAAACAGGUUUACAGGCGAACGUCUCAUGCAAGCUAGUGAGCUUGCACACACAGGUGGAUCAGUUGCUGAGGUCUUUUUGGGAACUUGAGUCAGAACCUAGCAACAAACAACGAAUCUUGACACCUGAAGAACAAAGAUGUGAGGAAAUAUAUGAAGCGACAACUACACGAGAUGAGGCGGGCAGAUACGUUGUUAGAUUACCGUUCAGGGAUCAGCAACCAACUUGUGUAGAUGGUGGGUCCAGAGAGAUUGCGUUGCGUAGGUUUCACUCUCUGGAAAGGCGGCUUCAAAACGACGAGCGUCUGGAAACAGAAUACACAAAGGUGUUCCAUGAAUAUAGGGACUUAAAUCACAUGGAACCUUUGACAGAACAAGAAUCUAAAGAAAAGGGGUUAUACUUACCUUACCAUGCUGUUGUACGGGACGAACGGGAAACUACUAAGGUGCGCAUUGUCUUCGAUGCUUCAUGCAAGGACACAAACGGGGUGUCCUUAAACAAUGACCUUAUGGUUGGCCCUACCUUGCAGCCAGAGUUGAGGCACUUAAUCAUGCGUUGGCGGAUGCAUCCAAUUGUUUUCAUUGCCGACAUCGUCAAGAUGUACAGGCAAGUAUUAGUGGACAAAAGGGACACUAAGUACCAACGCAUCUUGUGGAGAGAAAACAAUAAGGAAUCUGUAAAAGAGUACAAGUUAAAUCGAGUUACGUUUGGGGUCUCAUCAGCUCCAUACUUAGCUGUCAAAACGUUGAUUCAAGUAGCCUUAGAUGAGGGUGCAGACUUCCCGCUUGCAGCUAGUAGAAUACGCAAGGAUUUUUAUAUGGACGACCUGAUGUCAGGUUGCGAGUCUGAGCAAGAGGCAAUAGAGAUCUAUCACCAAAUGAAGACAAUAUUGAGCAAAGGAGGCUUUGAGCUUCAAAAAUGGUCAAGCAAUAGCAAAGCUAUGCUAGAAGAAAUCCAAGAAAGUAUAGCAAGGAAAGAAGAGCAUAAGAAGAUAGAGAUAAAGCAAGAAGAAAAGCUGUGGUUGGCGGGUAUCGAAUGGGAUCAAGAGCUGCCUUCCCCAUUGCUGGAAGAAUGGUUAAGCUAUAGGGAAAGCUUAUCACAACUUACCAAAUUUAGACUUCCACGUUGGACAAAUCACAGUGCUGACGCAGCUUUAGUUGAACUGCAUGGUUUCAGUGACGCGUCAAACGCUGCAUAUGCCGCUGUGGUGUAUUUACGUGUUAUUGACGCAGAAGGGUUGAUACACGUCAGUUUGGUAUCAUGCAAAACAAAGGUCUCACCAAUCAAACAAAUUUCGAUUCCUCGGUUGGAAUUAUGCGGAGCAGUCUUACUAGCAAAGCUGUUGGUUGAAGUUUCUGACGUGUUAGAAGUAGACAAAACAAAUAUACACGCGUGGACAGACUCUGAAGUAGUACUGGCAUGGUUAAGCAGUCAUCCAAGCAGAUGGAAGACUUUUAUAGGAAAUAGAUGCUCGGAGAUCUUAACAGCUACUUCUCGGAGUCAGUGGUCGCACGUGAGAUCAGAGCAAAAUCCAGCCGAUUGUGCAUCAAGAGGGAUUUCUGCAUCUGAGUUAGGAAACUUUGAACUUUGGCUAAACGGACCGGCUUGGCUAAAACAAGACGUGAUCAAUUACAAGGCUUCAAAGUCAGUAAGUACUCAGCUAGAGGAAAGGAAAGUACAUACUCACCUUGAAACUGUGAUAACCUCGUCAGACAGUGAAGAUCCUUUAUGGUCGAAGUAUUCUUCACUCACUAAGUUGUUGAGAGUUGUUGCAUACUGCCGAAGAUUCCUGAAAAAUAAAAGAAAAAGUCAUACUUACCUGUUGAAGAGUGAAAUAGAGGAAGCUUUAGCAAUCAUGGUGAAAAAGAAUCAGCAACAAGCAUACGCGGAAGAAAUCGAAGAAAUUAAGAAAGGUAGGCUAAAGAAGAAAAGUCCACUUACCUCAUUCACUCCCUUUCUCGACGAUUUGGAAAUAAUCCGUGUUGGUGGGCGGCUCCAGAGUGCAGACAUGACAUACGAUCAAAAGCACCCAAUGUUGUUACCGAAGUCAGCGUGGUUGACACCGCUUAUUCUUCAAGAUGCGCAUGUUAAAACUUUACAUGGAGGAGCGCCUCUGAUGGUUAAUUAUAUUAGGGCUAAGUUCUGUAUACCAGGUCUUAAGAACUUGGUUAAAAACCACGUAAGGAAAUGUAUUCCUUGUGUUCGUAACGCAGCCAACAUUCGGAACCAAUUGAUGGGGCAGUUACCCUCACCCAGGGUUAAUGUAACAAGGCCAUUUCUACGCAGCGGGGUAGAUUAUGCUGGGCCCAUCAAUAUACGUGUCUCCAAGGGUAGAGGCAACAAGUCAUACAAAGGGUAUAUUUGCCUUUUUGUAUGCAUGGCUACCAAAGCCGUUCAUAUAGAAGCAGUGAGUGAACUAUCAACUGCAGGGUUUCUAGCUGCCUUUAAAAGGUUUGUCGCGAGGCGAGGUUAUUGUAGUGACCUCUACAGUGAUAAUGGGUCUAAUUUCGUGGGUGCGGCGAAAGAACUUCAAUAUCUCUUCAAUGCAGAAAAGUCAAGCUUGAUUCCCGAGCUGGCUGACUGGAUGGCAUCCAACGGAACCCAAUGGCAUUUUAUACCUCCUUACGCUCCGAACUUUGGGGGUCUUUGGGAAGCAGGGAUAAAGUCCUGUAAAUUUCAUCUGAAACGUGUGAUUGGGAAUGCCACACUUACAUUCGAAGAGAUAAGUACUGUUCUAUCUCAAAUCGAGGCGUGCAUGAAUUCAAGGCCGCUGUGGCGCAUUGAUGACAAUGGAGAAUCUCUUCCAUUGACACCGGGUCAUUUUUUAGUGGGAGAAUCACUGGUUGUAGCACCGGAUUAG